GGACCCUCUAUCCAUGUGACACCAAGUUCUGUGGGAACCUCUGUCCCUGUGAUGCCAUGCUCUGUGGGACCAUCUGUUCAUGUGACACCAAGCUCUGUGGGACCCUCUGUCCAUGUGACACCAAGCUCUGUGGGACCCUCUGUCCCCAUGACACCAUGCUCUGUGAGACCCUCUGUCCCUGACACCAUGUUCUGUGGGACCCUCUGUCCCCAUGACACCAUCCUCUGUGGGACCCUCUGUCCCGUGACACCAUGCUCUGUGGGAACCUCUGUAUCCAUGACACCACGCUCUGUGGGAACCUCUGUAUCCAUGACACCAAGCUCUGUGGGACCCUCUGUCCCAGUGACACCAUGUUCUGUGGGACCCUCUGUCUCCAUGACACCAAGCUCUGUGGGACCCUCUAUCCAUGUGACACCAAGUUCUGCUGAGCUGACACUGCUGGGGUGA